AUGGCCACGGCACACUUCCGGGUACACAAACACACGCUCCCAACGUGCCACAUUAGGGAGUACCCACGAGGAACCGCAGACGACCAGGAAGAUGUCCUGCACCUCGCCAUCAAGCAAUAUACCCCAAAGGACCAGAGCAAGGCCGACGAAGGAGACGUGACCAUCAUCGGCGCACACGCCAAUGGCUUUCCGAAGGAACUCUACGAGCCGCUAUGGGACGACCUCUACGAAAGGCUGAAAGCGAAGAACAUUCGCAUCCGAAGUAUCUGGAUAGCAGACGUCUCUCAUCAAGGCGACUCUGGGGUUCUGAACGAGAACAAGCUGGGCGAUGACCCUUCGUGGAUGGACCAUCCGAGGGAUUUGCUCCUGAUGGUCAACCAUUUUCGCAAACACGUGAAGCGGCCGCUGAUUGGGGUUGGGCAUAGUAUGGGAGGGAACAACUUGGUCAAUCUGUCGUUGAUGCAUCCGAGGCUUUUCACGACUCUUAUACUUAUCGACCCUGUCGUCCAGCGGCUACCGUCUGUGGAAGGCAACUUUGGACCGGCUAAAGCGUCUACUGUGCGAAGGGAUCGGUGGCCCAGCCGGAAAGAAGCAGAAGCCAAGUUCAAGAAGUCGAAGUUCUAUCAGACCUGGGAUCCGCGAGUUCUUGACAAAUGGGUUGAAUAUGGCCUACGAGAGCUACCGACUGCCUUGUAUCCCGAAGUCAACACAUCAACAACAACACUACCUACAGUCUCUGCCGAUCCGAGUACAGCUUUAGUGCAACCUGACAAGGAUGCUGAAAGAGAGAUGACUCUCAAGACCACGAAACAUCAAGAAGUCAUGACGUUCCUCCGGCCGAACUUUAAGACCUCAGACUAUCCAUCGCCCUCACUGGAACCCAAUCCAAUCACCCAUCCGGAUGUCGAUCCAGCCACAGCUCCAAGCUCGCCUUUCUACCGACCAGAGCCACUCGCCACGUUUCAGAAACUACCGCACCUCAGACCAAGCGUCUUCUACGUCUUUGGGGACAAGUCUGAUCUUUCUGCGCCCGUCCUGAAAGCGGAUCGGAUAGCUCAUACUGGCAUCGGCGUUGGAGGUUCUGGAGGUGUGAAGAAGGGGCGAGUCGGUGAGGUCACUUUUAAAGGCAUUGGACAUCUGAUUCCAAUGGAGGUUGUGGGUGAGACUGCGGACGCGAUGACUGGAUGGUUGAAGCCUGAGCUGGAUAGGUGGAGGACGCUGGAGGAGGCGCAGAGGAGGGAAUGGGAUCAGGUACCGAAGGCGAAGAAGAAUCAGUUGAGUGAGGAAUAUGUCACGACCAUGAAGAGUGAUUGGGUGAAGGAGGUGAAGGAGUCGGCCAGGACGGGGUCGAAGUUGUGA